UAGAUAGUACUUCCUAUAAAAAUUUUAAAAUCUUCGAAUGGCAUUCAGCUAACUCAAUUCACUCUCUAAUCUCUCCUUAACCUCAUGAAUUUCUUCAAAUCCGUUUUCUCCGACGACCCAGAUCCACCUCAACCCGAAUCCGAACCCAAACCCAACAAUGUAGACCAGGAUCCAAAUUCCGGCGCCGGCGACGGCGACACUUGGAACUUCGGCGGACUCAUGAAAACCCUCGCAUCCAAAUCCGAAUCCAUAAUCGAAACUUACCGUCGCGAUCUACAAGAAUUCAGCACCGGCUUAAAAAACGAGAUCGAAGUUGCUCAAGAUUCCGUCGGUGAGAUUGGAACCACCGUCAUCAAAGGAACGGCUCAGAUCAUAUCUCAAGGUAAGGAAGCAAUCCUCGCCGUUAAUCUCGAUUCCGAUUCCGAUAAUAGCACUGCCACUGCGAAUCGCGAUUCGAAUCGAUUGGAUUCGAAGCGAUAUAGUAGGUUUGAUGCUCAGGUUCGUGCAAUUCAGGGUGAUGUUGGGACUUAUACUGAGAUGCCUGAGGAUUUGAGUGAAUUUGAUGAGUGGAAAUUAGGGUUUGUGUUGGAUGAGAAAAGUGAUGAAAUGGAGAAGCUUUCGAGGGAGAAUGAUGCAAUGGAGAGUGUUUACAAGAGGGUUGUUCCGAAUGUUGUCGAUCAUGAAAGUUUUUGGUUUAGGUAUUAUUACAAGGUUUAUAGGUUGAAGAAAGCUGAAGAUGUUAGGGCUAGACUUGUUAGAAGAAUUUCCAGGGAAGAAGAGGAUUUGAGUUGGGAUGUUGAAGAUGACGAUGAUGAUGUGGAGGAGGAGGAGAAUGAAGGUGAAGUUAAAGUUAAAUCAGAGAUUGUGAUCAAUAAGGAAAUUGGUGGUGAACAAUUGGUGGAAAAGGUUGAUACUGAUUUGAAAAUCGGUGCUUCUGGCUCUGGUGCCAGUGAUGAGAAGAAUUCGAGUGUCGAAGAGGGGCAGCAUUUGAGGGAGGAGGAGUUGAAAGUAGAAAAGAAAGACAAUGUAAUGCAAAGCAAUGAACUAGGUGAUGAGAAGGAUAAGUCUGUUGAAGAAUCACGAGUUUUUGAGAACAAGGAUGAUGAUGGCGGUGUUAAUAAAGCAUCAAAGUCGGUAGUGGAUGAUGCUGCGAACAAGGAAGUUUCUGUGGGUGAGUCUGAUGAGAAAGUGAUAGAAAGGAAGGAUGGUGAUGAAAAACCUUCUAGUAAGAAUGAGUCCUCUGUGGUUGAAAGUAAGCACAUGGAAAAUGAGGAGGAAGAGGAUCUUGGGUGGGAUGAUAUUGAGGAUCUUAGUGGUAUUGAUGAAAAGAAGGAAACUCAAUCUCAGAGUCAGAGUGAUAGCACCAGCAAAGUUGAUUUGCUGAAGCGCCUUAGUACUGCAGAGGAAGAUGAAGACUUGAGUUGGGACAUUGAAGAUGAUGACGAUGAGCCUGCUAAGGCUUGAUAUAUUUGAUUCAUUCUGUUUUGAUUCCUCAAAAGAAAUAGUAUAUGUGUGCCAUUUUUAACAAAAAGAAAUUUGCAUGUGUCUUUUUUUUGUAUUUUGUUGAAUUAUGAUAGAAGUAAUAUUGUGAAUUUGUGAUUUCAUUUCUAUACUCAUAAUGCAUCAAAAACAAUUGUUUCUAUAGUAAUAUGACUGAUAUCUUUUCUUAUUUGAUUA